UCGUGUCCUAAUCUUAACACACGCACGUGUUAAAUUAGUGUGGUUAGGGAUUUCUGUAUCAGGGCUACGCAUUCAGUAAAUUUAAACCUGCCAUGGAAAAUCCAGAGAAUUCCGAGAAUGCUGAAGUGCUAGUGAAGCCUCCCACUUUAACAGCGAGUGAUCGCCUUGCAGCGAAAAAACGAUUUCGCACACAGCGGAGACUGUCGACAAUGAAAAACAAGGUUUUGCGGAAUGCACAGUGGGCUACUUUAAAAAAAGAAAAACGGAAGGUGAAAAAAGAAGGUCAAAAACAGAGGAAGAAGGAGGCUGAAGCUUUGGGUGAUAAGGCACCCCCAAAACAAAUUCCACGCACAAUAGAAAACACAAGAGAAACUGACAUUACCACGGUUGAUCAUGAUGAUGAAGAAGUCACAUUUGACAUUACCCAUGAUGAAUAUGAAUCAUAUUUUUCAAAAACUUACGUGCCUAAAAUUUUGAUAACAUCUUCAGACAAUCCUCAUUCAAAAACCAUUCAUUUCAUUCGUGAAUUGACAAAAAUUUUCCCCAAAUCUGAGUGCCAGUGGAGAAAGCGUUCUAGUGUAAAGAAAAUGAUCCAGAGUGCUAAAGAAAAGGAUUACACUGAUGUUGUAGUGGUCAAUGAAGACAGGCGAGUUCCAAACGGGAUGUUGGUGUCCCAUUUGCCGGAUGGUCCCACUGCUUACUUCAAACUUAGCAAUGUCAAAUUGACAAAAGACAUGAAGUACAAGAACAUCAUCAAGGAAUUCACUACUCACAGACCAGAGGUUAUUCUGAACAAUUUCCAGACCCGCCUUGGUCAGGCUGUGAGUAGAAUGUUAGCAUCUCUAUUUCACUAUGACCCGCAAUUUAAAGGUCGUCGAGCAGUGACUUUUCAUAAUCAACGAGACUACAUUUUCUUUAGACAUCAUAGGUAUGAGUUUAAAUCUCAGAAAAGGGCUGCAUUACGCGAAUUAGGUCCUAGGUUUACUUUACGACUAAAAUGGUUGCAAAAAGGAACUUUUGAUACCAUCGAGGGUGAUUAUGAAUGGAUUAUCGCAGGAAAACGACAUGAAAUGGAAACUAGCAGGCGUAGAUUCUUCCUUUAACAGUCUAUAACACUUUGUGCUGGGAAAAAUUGAAUACACUUCUGUGUAAUAUA